AUGGCUGCAGUCAUGUGGAUUCAAAUGUCUUCUUUCCUGCUGCUGAUGCUUCAGAUUACAGCAGAAACAACAGGACAGACUUUGUCCUCCUUCAGAGCUGCCAGAGCUGGACAUGACAUCACUUUGUCUUGUGAAAAUGUGAUAGAUGGUCAACAUGACUGCAGCUAUACUACCUGGAUGUUCACUGAUUCAAGACAGACAGCAACAGUAGAGCUGGUUGUUCAUGGACAGAUUAAAGAAAAUGUUAAAGCUGAAUACACCAGACUGAGUGUUACAGCGAACUGUUCUCUGCUUAUAAAGAAGGUCAAAGCUGAGGAUGUUGGUCGUUACACCUGCAGACAGUACAAAACAAGAGGAGGACAACAAGAAGGUCCAGGCUUUAUGAUUGAUCUGUCUGUUAUUAACAUGACUGAACAUGAGAACAACAAUAAAGUCAUUGUGAACUGCUCUGUGCUGACACAUGAACACUGUAGACACACAGUGGAGUGGCUGCAUGAGGGUAAAAAGAAAAUAUCAGACGAGGAGAUCAAACCAGGUUUCUGCUCUGUGACUGUGACAUUUAAAAGAUCUCACCAUGAUCAGAAGUCACAGUUUUAUAAUUCAUUGAAGUGCAAAGUGACAGAUGAUUACACUAAAGAAGAACAACUGUUUCCCUUCAAACUCAAGUCCUCAGGUGAAAACACAAAAUCAACGACUGAAAAGAAGGGCAGCUGGCCGGCAACACUGUGA